AGUGUGUACAGAUUUGCAGAUGAUGUGGUGGAAGCAUCAGAUGGGAGUCUAUACUUCAGUGUCGCAAGCACCAAAUUUGGAUUCCACGAAUGGUACCUUGACGUGCUUGAAGCCAAGCCCCAUGGUCAACUUCUCAAAUAUAAUCCUUCAUUGAACAAGACCUCUGUAAUUCUUCAUAACUUGGCCUUUGCAAAUGGCGUUGCUCUCUCUGCAGAACAAGAUUACUUAAUUGUCUGUGAAACGUGGAAAUUUAGGUGCCUAAAGUAUUGGCUGAAGGAGGAAAUCAAAGGACAAACAGAGAUCUUCGUCGAUAAUCUUACUGCUGCACCCGACAACAUCAAGCUUGCUCCAGAUGGUUCGUUCUGGAUAGCUCUAGUAGAGUUUACAGCUCGUGGACUAAAUUUUGUACACUCGUCAAGAGCUUCAAAACAUUUGCUGGCAACUUUCCCCAAAUUGAUAAACUGGGUCAUUGGAGCAUACCACAAAGCUAUGGUAGUGAAUGUGGCAGCUGAUGGGAAGAUAAUCAAAGGCUUUGAUGAUCCAACUGGAAAGGUCAUGUCAUUUGUGACAUCUGUGCUGGAGUAUGAAGGUCAUCUAUAUUUGGGAAGUCUCAACUGUGACUUCAUAGGAAAGUUACCACUGACAACCUCAACUGUGUAGCCAUUGCUAACUUGCUCACAUUAUGGUCUAUAAAUUCUACGUCUUGAUUCCUAGAAUGUAUGCUAAGCAAAUUUGAGAAAUAUAAUAUCAUCAUAGCUAUAGGACAACCACCACAGGUACCAAGAAUUUAACGAGAUGUUCAAGACCAGCUACUGUUGAUAAUAACGCAAUAAUGACACCUUGUUAAGGAACCAAAUUAAAGUUUAAGGAGGAAAAGUGAAAGUGCAGCUU